UUAUCGCCCUCUCGAAGAAAAAACCUAGCGCAGCAGUCUGUCGCCAUGGACGCAUCCGUGAUCAAAGGUGUGGAAGGUCUGGAAUUGAACGGUAGUGAUGCAGCGAUUCGAAAGAGCAGCAGCAUUAGAAGGAUUGCGGUUGAGGGAUACGAUAGUUCCUCUCGUAAGGAUGUUGUUGAAGAGGGCCUGAGAAAACACUUCGCAUCACGUGGAAUAAAGCUAAUACAUGCUUUUGCUCACGAACUCGACUUCAAUCGUACUAUUCUCUGCAGAUGCGGAUUAAUCUACGUUAACGAAGAAGAUGAAGAAAAGGCGUUGACGUUUGAUGGAAGUGACAUGGGAGGACGUAUUUUACGAUUUACGGCUUACCCUUUUGACAGCAAUCGCCUUGACCAUUUCUUUGCUACUCCCGAAGCACAAGACAAAUACCGACAGCGCGUAUUGAAUGUUACAGGAUUUGAUACUUCCCUUGCUGAGGAUGAGGUCGAGGAGAUGGCACGUGGGGUUUUCCCUGGAUCCUAUUGUUCUGUUUUGGAGGAAGUGGUUUUCGUUCAUCUCCGUGGAAAAGAUGCUGUUGAAAAGGCUCUGAUACUUAGCGGACGUUCUGUGGGAGGCUUUAAUCUUGUUGUUAAUGCUGUCCUCCCACUAAGAAAGGAUAGCGGCGGUGGCGUCUCUCUCGCACGUAUUUUGGCUAUGGCUGAGAGAACUGAAGCAAUUAGGUUGGCUAAGGGUAAGAGAACUAAAGCAGCUAGGUUGGCUAAGGCUGAGAGAGCUAAAGCAGCUAGGUUGGCUAUGGCUGAGAAAGAUAAAGCAAUUCUAUCUGAGGGAAAUCAGAAGUCGAUCAUGACUACCGACUAGAAAUCUCUCUCUCUCUCUCUCUCUCUCUCUCUCUCUCUCUCUCUCUCUCUCUCUCUCUCUCUCUCUCUCUCAAAUGCUGUCUCUUGUUAUUUACCUGUCUUGCAAUGCCACCUCCUCCUUUUCUCUUUUCUGGAUGUUGAAUGUUAUGUUUUGUCUGGAUUUUAAAUAUGUUUUUAUGCGUCUGUGUUGUUUUCUAUGAUAAAACUCUGUAAUAACACUGACAAACUUGGUUGUCCAAUCAAGUUCUCAGUAAAGACUUAAGGUUAUCAUAUCUACGUUCCACAAAAUUAAAUAUUUAUCCAAGUCCUCGGCUCCCUUGUCCACCUAAGCCAGUUGAUCAUGCCAAGCUAUCUCAUUCUUAAAAGUUAACAUUUACCUUAUCAUACACAAGACUCUCUGUUCUUGCACUUGGUCUGUGAGAAACAAUGUAAAAUUAUGAAGAGGCUUAUUAAGUCUAUGGAACUUCAUUCUUCGAAGCAAAACGAAACAAAAAUAAAAUAGAGAUGGAGCGAGUUUCUUCCAUAGAGAGUAAAAUGCCUAACAGGGUUUGAAAAUCAUAUCUCUUACUCCCAACUGUGCGUUGCCCAAAAUGAAAAGGGAGGGCGUGGAGAUAGAACCGAAGGCAGUACGAAUCCCAGUCAGAGAUAUUACUAAUCAGAGCUAGAUGAUCACGAACACAUGUGAUAUGUUUGGUAUAUCAGGGUUUGGUUUCAGACACUGAAACUUAAAUUUAAUGUACAAAGCAUGUUCUUGACAAUAAGCUAGAUUAACUGUUUGUCUCAACAGUGAAGAGUCUGAAGCUAAGCUUUGAAGAAAGAUGGUAUACCAACGCCAUAAAAAUGGUUCUUUUGUUGUUUUUAUUCACACUGUUCUGCACCGUAUGGCAACAUGAAAAAGAGCAGCUAAUGUAUAUGGUAAUAAUAUUGUUUACUUCCAUAGUUAAAACUGAAAAUAAAAGAAACGUAAAGCAAUAGGAAUAAGACAGCUUGCAUAUGAGUUUCUUUACUGUCAGAAAGAAUCUCUUCGUAGAGAGAUGUACCUCACCAGUUCUCACUCCCCUUUUACUUUUUGCAUUUAAUUUCGUUAAUACAACGGUGAGAGACUAUGUUAGAGCUAACCACUAAUGGUGGCUUAAAACUCGAGCAAACGUAUGAAACAGGUGAAUUCCUGCAAGAAAUAGAAGGCAAGACCUUUAGAAUCGGUUAGACUUUGAGACUGGGUUUAAAACCUUUCGGGGUUGGGAUGACUGGGACCUGUAGAUGGCCAAGAGCGUGCUGAGCACGUUUUUUAGCCACGAAAGCUUCAAAAUCAAAGUACAUGUGUCAUCAUCACAAAACAACACUCAACUACUUCUCAAAAGAGAUGUAUGCAUGCAUGCUUUGUUAGAAAACUACAAGUAGAAGAACUACAGGGGUUCGUUUUUCAAAAAUAGGUCUAAAAAAGAAUUUUGGAGAAAGACCAAUGUCUUCAUUGCAAAUUAAAAAAAAGUUAGUCCAAAAGCGAAAACAAAACAAAACUCCUUGAUUUCCAGAGUCAGAGAUGUAAAUCGUCGACGGGUGGUAAAGAUGUACGAAUCGGCGAACGUCUCCGACGACGCAGAUCGUACGGCUUUCCGGGCGAGCAGAGAAACAAUACAAACUUUACUACGAACAAGACUCAAAGUUCUCGAGAAAGAAGAAGCUACCUAAACCGGUCGAUUUGUCAUCGGUUCUCGAUUUCAAUUCAAUUUCACAAGAUUUCAACAAGACCACCCCACGGAAUUAGGGUUGCAGAGUCUGAUUCCUCUGUUUUCUGCAUCGAGAAUCGUCCUGGUAAAGUCAAAAUUAUGAUCCAAUAGAGUCAGGUUUUUGUAAUUUUUGAUUGUGGGUAUGAAGAUUUUCAAUGAAAGGUUGAAACUUAGCAGUACAAAUGGAUCAGAGAGAGCUUGACCAGUUUUCCUCAGCCUCCGAAUAGGACAAACCACAAUGCUAUUUAUGGUCCCGUUGCUGAUUUGUUUGAUUCAGCUAAAGCAAACAAGGUGUUGGUUCAGGCCGAAAUGCAGAUAUCUUCAUUUAUAGCUACAAGCCGAAAGAAAACAUAUUCAUUAAUAAAGUAGUUUAGGAAAAAAAACAAAAAAAACAAAAAAAAUUGUAGAACAAACCCGUAGUCAAAUCUACAUUUGUUGGCACCCAGAUACCGUACCCGUUCGUCGAUGAGUAGCAUCUCCAGGCCGAUAAGCGUCUUCUUUACUGGGUUUCAAAUCUCCCAUAAAUGGAUGAGGCGAAAUUGCAACUGAGCUUCGUGGUGACCCAGCGUGACAUCUUUGAAGAACAUGACUUUCUCAUCGUAACCAGAGGAGACAAUUGACUUCCCAUUCGGUUUCAUCGCCAUGAAUCUAGGUUAGAGCAGAUCAAGGGUUUUGAUUUUUUCAAACAAAAGUAAAUCAGUAUAUAAAGGAUGAGGAAUAGAGGAAACUGAAACGAAAUCAUUAAGAAGAAAUUGAUUGAUUGAGAAGAAGAGGAGUUUUGAUUGAGAAGAAGUAGAUCGAUUGAGGACUCUAGGGUUUCAAGCAGAGAAGACGAAAAGGUAAAUGGGAAGCUCUCGUGACUAAUCCUCGUGAUCUCCGUCUUUAUCGGGUUCACGCGAAAGGUGAAAAAAAAAUAAAGGUCAUAAACGAUGCGAACAAAGCCGAGAAGCCCACUCCAAAUAAAAAGAAAACAUGAAGCCCAGAAGCAACUUAAGCAUGUCUGAUGUGUCCAAACGAAAUGCUCUGAUUGGCUGAUUAUUUUUGGUGAUGUGGCAGCCUACAAACUCAGCAUAUUGGUCUUUUAUUAUUGUGAUUCUUGAUUUUGGUUAAUAUUAGGAUUCGUUUGUAAUAGACUAUUACUAAUAGUUAAGGUUUUUUCUUAUUUCUUUCUUUAUUUUGUGGGGUUGUUCUGAAUUUUGUAUAAUCAAUUUUUUUUUUCUAAUUUGAAAAAUGUAUUUAUAGUUGAAAACA